CCGCCGCCUCAGCUUACCGAGCGAGCCCUGCGGCCGCCGGAGCAGCUCCCGCGGCGGAGCCGGAGCCGGAUGGUCAGAGGAGCCCGGCAGCCCCAGCAGCCGCGGAGUCGCCUGGCCCCCAGACUGACUGGCACAGUGGAGAAACCUCCUCGAAAACGGAAAAGCAGGACUGAAUUUGCUCUGAAAGAAAUCAUGUCUUCUGGAGGUGCUGAAGAUGACAUCCCACAGGGAGAGCGGAAAACAGUCACAGACUUCUGUUACCUUCUGGAUAAAUCCAAGCAGCUGUUCAAUGGAUUAAGAGAUUUACCACAGUAUGGACAGAAGCAGUGGCAGUCUUACUUUGGAAGAACUUUUGAUGUUUACACCAAACUCUGGAAGUUCCAGCAGCAGCAUCGACAAGUCUUGGAUAAUCGAUAUGGCUUGAAGCGGUGGCAAAUAGGGGAAAUUGCUUCCAAGAUUGGGCAGCUGUACUACCACUACUAUUUACGCACAUCUGAGACCAGUUAUCUGAAUGAGGCUUUCUCCUUCUAUUCUGCCAUCAGACAGAGAUCAUAUUAUUCUCAGGUCAAUAAAGAGGACAGACCUGAAUUGGUAGUUAAGAAGCUACGAUACUAUGCAAGAUUUAUAGUGGUUUGUCUUCUUCUCAACAAGAUGGAUGUUGUGAAGGAUCUGGUAAAGGAAUUGUCUGAUGAAAUUGAAGAUUAUACUCAUCGCUUUAACACUGAAGAUCAAGUGGAGUGGAACUUGGUGCUUCAAGAAGUAGCAGCUUUCAUUGAGGCGGACCCUGUAAUGGUAUUAAAUGAUGAUAAUACCAUUGUUAUAACAUCCAAUCGUCUUGCCGAAACAGGAGCCCCCUUGCUGGAGCAGGGCAUGAUUGUUGGACAGUUGUCUUUGGCUGAUGCACUUAUUAUUGGUAAUUGUAAUAAUCAGGUUAAAUUCAGUGAGUUAACUGUUGACAUGUUCCGGAUGUUACAAGCCCUGGAAAGGGAGCCAAUGAAUUUAGCUUCCCAGAUGAAUAAACCAGGAAUGCAGGAAUCAGGUGACAAGCCUACAAGACGAGAAAACCCCCACAAGUAUCUGCUCUACAAACCAACCUUCAGCCAACUGUACACAUUCUUAGCAGCAUCUUUUAAGGAGCUGCCUGCCAAUAGUGUGCUUCUGAUUUACCUGUCAGCCACUGGCAUUUUUCCCACAGGUCGUUCUGAUAGUGAAGGGCCUUACGAUUUUGGAGGUGUACUUACUAAUAGUAACCGGGAUAUUAUAAAUGGAGAUGCAAUCCACAAACGAAAUCAGUCCCACAAGGAAAUGCACUGCCUUCAUCCCGGAGAUCUGUAUCCAUUCACAAGGAAGCCCCUGUUCAUCAUUGUGGACUCCUCCAAUAGUGUGGCCUACAAGAAUUUCACAAACUUGUUUGGACAGCCAUUGGUCUGCUUGCUUUCUCCUACAGCAUAUCCAAAAGCUUUACAAGAUCAAUCUCAACGAGGUAGCCUGUUCACUCUUUUUUUGAACAACCCUCUAAUGGCCUUCCUGUUUGUCUCUGGAUUAUCAAGCAUGCGUAGAGGUCUGUGGGAAAAGUGUCAAGAAUAUCUUCGAAAAAUCAACCGUGAUAUUGCCCAGCUACUGACCCAUUCGCGUUCAAUAGAUCAGGCAUUUCUCCAGUUUUUUGGAGAUGAAUUUCUUCGCUUGCUUCUCACAAGAUUUAUCUUCUGCUCAGCCACCAUGAGGAUGCACAAGAUCUUUCGGGAAACACGAAAUUAUCCAGAAUCCUAUCCACAACUGCCAAGGGAUGAAACUGUGGAGAACCCCCAUCUUCAGAAGCACAUUUUGGAAUUAGCAUCCAUUCUGGAUGUUCGAAAUGUCUUUUUUGAAAAUGCCAUAGAUGACUAUUAAAACAAAAGCCCUCUUGAAAGUUUUUCAUUUUCCACAGAUUUUAAAUGGUGCAGUUUUCUAAUGUAAUUGCAGAGACAUAGUGUGUUACUCAGUUUUUAUUUUUUAAUUUACAACCACCAUUUUAAAAGCGAACUGAAAAAAAAAAAGCUCAAACUUUUAGGGUAACUGUUUUAAAGUACAAUCUUUCAAAGUCUUUUAAAAUGUGAAUCUUGGAAUUUUUAUUUUUUGGUUUUGACAUUGGAUACUUGCCUCCAACAUGUAAUCUUACACCCAACAGUCACUAUUCUCACCCUGAGAAGAAUAAAUUUUUAUUUUUGCAUAAUGGGAAAAAUCUAAUACACAUACUUGGACCUUAAAAAUCUGAAUUUGGAAAAUACCUAAAUUGUUCAUAGUGGUGAAACUGGCCAGCGUGGACUACUGAAAAUCAAGACCAGGGUCCUUCUACAAUAUUUCUUUUUAUUCCAAGUUAAUAGGUAGGAAAAGUUUGUUUGUUUGUUUAUUUUUAAGUAUGAAGGCAGUUCUUAAAAUCAUUGAAUUCCUUUAAAUACUGUCACAAUUUUAGAAUCUGUUUAAAAUUAAACCUUUAAUUAGAACUUUCAGAUGAUUAGUGUUACAUAGAAUGUUUUAGUACUAUGUUAUCAUGGAAUUUGUUUGCCUAUUUUCUUGGAAGCCUUUGAAUGCUGGAAAUGCAAAGAAAAAUACUUACUAAUAUUUUCAUCCAAAAACCAGAUUGCUGGUUUCAUAGUGCUACAAUGUCUGCAGUAUAUGAGUUCUACUUUAAACACUUUGUUAAUGAGCUGAAAUUUUUUUUAAAAAAAGUCUUGAUUAAUGUCUUGGUAUAUUGCAAUUUCUAAUCUUUUUGCUUAAGUUUUUGAAACUUCAGUGUCAGAGAUGCCUAAAAAAAUGUUAAGGAAAACUAGGUGUUAAGAAAUUGAAAUGUGGGGCCAGGCAUGGUGGUACACAUCUUUAAUCCUAGCACUUGGGAGGAAGAGGUAGGAGGAUCGCCUUGAUUUCAAGGCCACUCUGAGACUACAUGGUGAAUUCCAGGUUAGCCUGAGCUAGAGUUAGACCCUGCCUCAUAAAAACAAAAAGAAAAAAGAAAGAAAGAAAUUAAAAUGUGGGUUGAUUUUGCUCUGACAGUUUGGAAGUAAGAUGUUAAAACCUCCAAGAUAUAUUUGAAGUAGGAUUCAGUAUAUGAUAUAUAGAUUUUUGUAUACUAUUACCUUUCCUCCCCUUUAUAAUUUGACAGGCACUAUCUUUGAAGAUUUCUUCUCCUCCUCUUUUUUGGUUGCAUGGCAUUUAAAUUCAAAAAUCUACGAAUCGGAAGGCCUUUGAAGCCUAAUUUUUUGCAUAGGUUCACAGUCUGUCUAUAGUCAUCCAGGGGAAAUGAGGUGAUUACUUUCAGCAUCUCUUUCCUAAGUCCCUAGGGAAACAUUAUGCCCAUGUCUGUACCAGUCUGUUGAUUUCAUAAAGUCUGUAAGUUAGUAUAUAUAUUUUUUCAUAUUCUAAAAGACUGCUGCCCUUUUUAAUUUUUUUUUUACUUUAUAAUUUGUAUUAACAUUUUCCAUGAUUAUAAAAAAAAUCCCAUGACAAU